AUGCACCGUUGGUCGCAGCUGCGGCACUACGUCGUGGAGGGCGUCAAGGACCUCCCGAUCCCCUCAGCCGCGGCGGCGCCCUCCCCGGGGCCGCCCGCCUCCUCGGCUUGGCGCCGCGGGGGCGGCGCUGCAGGACGUCGCGCGGCAAGUAGUGCAGCGCCGAGCGGCAAGAACGAGGACGCGGCGAAGCUGUCGGCGGCUGCGGGGGCCGCGACCGCGACGGCGGCCGCGGCGCGUGGCGGGCGGCUCGCGAAGGGCUGCAACAGUCCAGAACAGGAGGAGCAUCUCCUCACGCAGCGCCGGCAGCUGUGCGCAGCGCGGGCGCUACGCGUGCCCUCCUUCCCAGACGCGAAGACCUGCUUCCUGCUUGCGCAACAGGAGAAGUAUCUGCAGCAGCUGGGCUGCCUGUCGGACUCGGUUGCGGCCUGUGCGGCGGUCGCGGGCUGGGGGCUCGGCAGCAUGGGUCUCGCCUCGUCCGCGGGCGCCGAACUCGAGCGCCGCUUGCUGCUCAACUUCCCCUCCUCGCCCUUUGGCGCGGAGUGCGACGCAGCAGCCGAAGAGCGCGACGCGUCGCCGCACGACGCGGACAGAUUCGCCUCCGCGGCGCAUGCGUGGGCUGCGCGUCACUCGCGCGAGAGGCGCCAGGAGCGGGCUAGGAAGCGCGAGGGAGCCGGAGCCGCGGGCGGGCCUGAGAACGAGGUCUGCAUUUCUGAUUCCGUUCUGGCCUUGUUCCGCGACGGGCGCCCCCCCGAGGCUGAAGGGCCCGGCGACGGCCGCGAGCUCACGCAGCUCCUCAGCGAGUGCGACGCGAAUCUUUCGCUCUUUCUCGAAGACGAAGGCGAGGAGGAGACGCGGAGCCCGCAAGGACAGCCGGUGCUCAUGGCCGGCGGCGUCAAGAAACUUGGCGGUCUCGACACCGCGGGAGACGCGCCCCCGGCUGCGCCUCCAGAGGAACGCCCCGCCCCGGGCGCAGAGACUGGCGAGGGCGCGGCUCGGGCUCAGGGCGUGAGCGGCGGCGACGCGCAGAAGGCGCCAGGCGACGGGGCCGCCGUAGCCGCGGAGGGCGGAGCAGCUGCUCAGGAGAAGGAGACAGCGAAGGACGAGAAAGAGGAGGGCGACGGGGGCACCGCCGCGCCGUCUCCGACGUGCGCGCAGGCGGCCCGCUCCGCCCCGACCGCUCCAUCCGCCGCUCAGCGCCCCUUAUCGCCUGCGCCCGCGUCGUCGCCUACACCCGUGUCAUCGCCUGCGCCUGUCUCCUCGCCUGCGCCUGUCUCCUCGCCUGCGCCUGUCUCCUCGCCUGCGCCUGUCUCCUCACCCGCGCCUGUCUCCUCACCCGCGCCUGUCUCCUCACCCGCGCCUGUCUCCUCACCCGCGCCCCUCGCGUCUGCAGGCUCGCCGGCGACGACGGCGGUGACAGCCACCGGCGGCGGCGUGGAGGCGCUCUUGGGGUCGAUUGCGGGCGCGGGCUCGUGCUGCAGCGUGUGUUGGUGGAGUGAGCGCAGCAACUUGAAUCCGAUGUUGUCCUGCGUACGCUGCCUCGUCCCGGUUCACAAGAACUGCUACGGAGUCGGGAAGAUGGGGGAGAACGUCGAGGGCGACGACUGGAUCUGCCGCAGAUGCGAACUCGAGAAAAAAGGCCUUGGCACCCAGUGGCUUGUCGCCUUUGUUCCCAUGAAAAUCCGCUGCCAGAUUUGCGGCACUGGCGGCGGCGCGCUCAAGCCGACGACAGACGGCGGGUGGGUUCAUCUCUUCUGCGCCCUGUGGCUGUUGCCUGAGGUCUGGUGCUGCGAUUUCUCUGCGCUGGAGCCUUGGAGCCUCGAGCGCGUUGACGCGUGGCGCCGAGAGGCGCGCUGCAGCCUCUGCGACCAGGAGGGCGGGGCUUGCGUGCGCUGCGCCUGCGUGGGCUGCGAAGUCUGUUUUCACCCGAUGUGCGCGUGGCUCGCGGGACUUUACUGCGAGGCUGAAAGCCUCCGCGGCCUCUUUUUGUCUUUCCGCGGCGCAGUCGAUCGCUGCUUCCCGCGCCUCGUCAUCAAGGCUUUCUGCUUCAAACACUGCCCCGAAUUCCUGCCCGACGGAAAAAGGACAGCGGACGAGCGAGGUCCUGGGGAAGCUAUAGCCGGCUUUUUGUGCGGCCUCGAGGCAAGGGCAGCUAUGCGUAUGAGUGUAUGCCACCUUGUGUGCAUGUUGCCGGGGAUCUCGCUUCUCGAGUUGCUCACGUAUUUUGCCUUUCGGUUUUUUUUUCAGGCGGUCUUCGGCCGUUCAGAGUUGGCUGCGUCUGCGGCGCCGCCGACGCCCCCAGACGGCGCCGGUUGCGGCUGGGGCUCCAGCGGCGGAGACUGUCGCGACCGCGGUCGGAGGCGCGGAGGGCCCACUGGAGAUUCCGGUGGCCGAGGGCGAGGACCCGAAGGAGGAGGCCGCGAAAGACGCGGGCAGUCGCUCAACUCCUCCGCCUCCACCCCCCCGGCUUCGCAGACGCAGAGUUCCUCGUCGGCUGCCGCCAUCCCAGGGGGGCGAGGCAGCGGCGGAACGGGUGGCGAGUGCGGCGCAGGGGUGGGCGAGGCGGCAGACGCCUGCGGCGGAGGAUUUUUGACGCGCAGCAUCUUGGAAGAAAGAGAUCUCUACGACGAUCACUCGUGCGCUGUUUGUCUCCUCCCGCGGGUGACAUGCACGUCCUCGAAUCCCUUCUUCCACUGCGAGCGCUGUGGCCUCUGCGUGCAUCGCCAGUGCUACGGCAUCCGGAAGGAGCAUUUGCCUCUCUAUUUGCGGCCUGACCUGCUGAGAAAGAUCAAAAAACGCCGCGUGGGGGCGCGCGCCGCGGAAAGCGAGGCGGCGGAGGCGCCCCAGGGAGAGGAGAAAGGACUGGCGAGUGCGGAGGGCGAAGAAGGGACGCGACGCGGCGAGGAAGGAGGAAGCAAAACCCCCGCCGAGGAAGGCGUCUCGCUUCCGGAGGAUGCCGGACACGGCGUCAAGAGGAAGCGAGACGAAGACAAAGAAGGCGCAGAAGAAACAGAAGCGACGAGGAAGCAAGGCGAAGGCGGCAUGGAGGGGGGCGCGAGCUACACGACGCCGGGAACGCAGCCGCUGGAAUUCAGUAAGGAAAGAAAGCUCGAGCAUCCGUCCUCCUCGCCCUCCGCUUUUUUUGCGUCGGAGACUUCCGAAGCCGAGGCUGCGCUGAACGCGACCGAACAGGGGCCUGGCCGCGGAGACACGUGUCUCCUUCGGGCGACCGCUAGGGGCGAGGAGCCCCAGCAAGGGGCGAGACCCGGAGAGGACGAACAGACGCCAGCGAACCUCGAGCAGACGCCGGCGCAAGGCGUUCAAGACGCGGACGUAUCGUCUCAGGUGCAGGCCGGCGAAGCGGGGGAGGAGGUCGCUCGGCCCAAGAGAAAGCGAGACGACGCAGAGGAGGAAGAAGAGAGUGUGCGGCAGUACAAACCGAAGCCCUUUUUGUGCGAGGCGUGCACGUGGCUCCCUCCCAACGAGAAGCCGUUUUGUCUGCUUUGCCCACGCCGCGGAGGGGCGUUCAAGCUGGUCGUCCCGUCGCUGCCGCCGGCGGUGCCGCCUGCCGUGGCUUCGUCGCCGGCCUCUUCGCCGUCCUCAGGCUCGUUCUCAGCGUUUGCGAGCUGCUGCAGCGACGCACCGGCGCCCGCCUUCGCGCACAUGACCUGCUGUCUCUGGGCGCCGGGCGUGGACGUCGCGGCGACGCCCGCGUUGUCGCCGAUUGUCGGCGUGGAUCGCGUGCUAGAGGAGCAACAAAACAUCCUCGUCCGCUUCUUUCGGAAGAAGGAGCUGGAGGAGGCUGAGAAGCGCCCCGCUGAGCCCGCCGCUGCGGAUGGUGAGCCCGCGGGUCUCGACGCGGAGAAGGGCUCCAGCAGCGCUUCAGCGCCAAAAGAGGGGCGGCACGAUGGCGACAAAGCCGCGGAGGCGGAGGGCGAAGAGGAUGCGCAGGACGUGCGGUGCCCGAGGCAGGCCCUCGAAGACAAGAAGGCCGACCCGGAGGAGGUGGCGCUGCCAGACGAGCAAAUCCUGCCCUUCCUCUGGAGGGAGUGCGAAGUCUGCGGGUCGGCCUACGGAUACUGCACAGAGUGUGCGCAGAAGGGUUGCACGACGUACUUCCAUCCACUCUGCGCGCAACUGAAGGGCGCCUUCAUGGAGAUGACUGAACAACCUGGGCGCCGAUUCACUGCGGUUGCCUUCUGCUUGCGACACUCGCGCGUGCGCAAUCAGAUCUCGCCCUCCGUCAGGCUUUUCCUGCGUCUGCGGUCUUUCCUGGAACUGUCGCGGCUGCUUGUGGGGCAGGUGACUCGGCGCGAGCGUGUGCAGCGCCUGUGGCUGCGGAAGCGGCGCGAGCUGCUGGACUCGGAGUUUCCGCUGACCGACUUGGUGGACAUCUCGUCCUCCUCGUCUUCACCUGUGGCGCUCGCGCCUCCGUCGCCCGCCGCCGCGGCCUCGCCUCCUGCACUUCCGUCGAGCGGCGAGCCUGCGCCUCCUGCGUCGCCGUCGGCGGCCUCGUCUGAGACGGCUGCGGCGGGCUCGAGGCCUCCCUCUGGAGGCGCAGAGACUGCGGGCGCAGGCGAGAAGCCGCGGUCGGCGUCGUGCGGGCCGGCGGCGACUCUGCUUCCGGACUUUGUUCUCUUCAACGCGCUGUCCUCGCGGACGUUUUCGCCAGACGCCGCCGUCGACGCAGCCCAGAAGGCUGAAGACCUCUCGCUGAUUGCGGGGUUCGACCCGAGUCUCUUGUCCGCGGCAGCGCGCGCGGCUGUCGGCGAGGUGCUCAGUCAGCAGACCCGCGUGAGCGAGGCUGCGGCGAGUUCGCAGGCCGCAGAGACGAAACAGGCGCCCGCACCGGCAGACGGGGCGCCGGCGUCCGCGGUCGCAGGUGGGGAGAACCCGGCAGUCGAGGGCGACCUCCGCUUGCCGCUGCAGGCGCCCGCGGCCGGUCCCUCUCCGCUGGCCUCGCUCUCUGACGACGCGAAGGAGCGAGACGAGAGAGGAGAACGAGAGGAGAGCGGCGCGCCGCCUGCAGAGACAGAGGAGGCGCGCGGGGCGGAGGCGGAGAAGGAGGAUCCUGGAGACUACGAGCCCGAAGGGGAGAGCGGAGACAUUUCGGCGCGUCUGCGAGCCAGAGGGCGACGAGGAAGCGGCACGGGAAAGGCGCCGCUCGCGAAGCUCUUAGUCAAGAAGACGCGCGAGACCGCCAGUGCAAUGCCGUCGCCGCGGGCGCUUGUCGCAGCCUCUCCGAUGAACCGGGGCCCCAGGGACACGCGUCCCCCGCCGUUCGAGAUGAAGAUGCGCGACCGCACUCCCGCCUCGCGGGCCGCCGAGAAAGACGACGCGGAGCCUCAGCCAAUCAAGGGCGCGCCUUGUCCGCCGGCUGUCUCCCGACGCGGGGCCGCGGGCGCGGGCGAUGCGGCACUGGGGGAACGCAGGGCGUCGCGAGAAGAGGGCGAAGGGAGGAUCUCGUCGCGCGCACACCUGAGCCGCCACGCGUCGUGUGCGGUCGCCUCUUCGGCGGCGCCAGGCAAAAAAGUGGAGGACGCGGGCCCCAAGCGGAAGGCGAGCGGCGAAGUGCCCCGCGCGUCGUCGUUCACUGCAGCGAUCACGCAGUACCUUCACAGAGUGAAGGAGAGGCGCGAGAAGCGCAGAGCGGGAGGGAGACGCGAGGAGAGCGACGGCGAAGAGCCAGACGAAGACCGGCUGCCUUACGUCGACGCGCGCACAGGCUUCAGAUGCACGCAGCUGGCGGAGGACGAGCUGCAAGAGCUUAUCGUCGUGAUUGCGCAGGCGACGAGUGCCGCGGUCGCGGCUGGGCGAGCCGACGAGGGUUUCGCGGCACACCGCAAAGGCCGCCCCACAAAUCGCCAGCGCCUGCUCUUGCUGCUGAGCGAGGCGAGUCCGCGGAGCCGACGCGAAGCGAUUGGCCUCGCACAGCAGUUGCGGCAGACGUGGGAGGACAUUUUGAUUGGAAGCGUCGACAAAGAGCUGCUGGUCGUGAAAAAGAAUCUGUUGUCGCCGUCGGCGCCUCGCGCGGGCGCCCUCGGUGCGGAGGCCGCGAGCGAGCGGAUCAUGAACAACGGCACUGCGGCGAGCCCGUCGGCGAGCAAGAGUGCUUCGGCCUCCUCGCCCAGGUCUCGACUGGCCGCCGCCGCGCCCUCUGAAGACGCCUCUUCGUCGCGAACGUUCUUGCCGAGCGUGCUCGGGUCCCCCGCGCACAAGCUGCGCGCCAGAGAGGCGGGCGACGGUCGCCUGCGGAGACUGCCGCCUGCAGUGACUCCGCAGGCGCCUGAAGAGCCCGCCCCCGCUGGAGCUGCAGCAACUAAGUCGACGCGGGCAGCCUCACCACCAGGUAGGCGAUGCAGCAGGCGCGUCGCGUCCUUUCUCUCUGUAUUUCUUUCCUUCUAUCUGUCUCUGCUAGGCUUUGGGGGUGUAGAAAAAGGAGCGUGA